GUCUAUAGUGCUGCUCUGAUUUCGUUGGACGCGUGUGAGUGGGUUUAUGGACGCGAUGGAAGAAGAACUGAAAUGCCCGGUUUGCGGUUCUCUCUUUAAGGAGCCGAUUAUUUUACCGUGCUCUCAUAAUGUCUGCCUGGCGUGUGCCCGGAAUAUCAUCGUGCAGACCCCGGAGGGAGAGACCCCACCGCAGAACCGAUGCUCCUCGGACUAUGACUAUCUGGAUAUGGACAAGAUGAGCAUGUACAGCGAGACGGACAGCGGCUACGGCUCAUACACGCCGUGCCUGAAGUCUCCCAACGGAGUGCGCGUGUUCCCGCCGGUGCACCGCCACUGCUCCAUCACCUGCCCGCUGUGCCACCGCAGCGUGUCCCUGGAGGAGCGCGGGCUCCGCGGCUUCCAGCGCAACCGGCUGCUGGAGGCGAUCGUGUCCCGCUACCAGCAGAGCCGCGCCGCCUCCGUCAAAUGCCAGCUGUGCGACCGCAACCCGGUGGACGCCACGGUGAUGUGCGAGCAGUGCGAUGUGUUUUACUGCGCUCCGUGCCAGCAGCGCUGCCACCCCUCCCGCGGACCGCUGGCAAAACACCGGCUGCUGCCGCCGACUCCAGCGCAGGCGGGGACCGCGUCCGCGCGCAGACAGGUGACCUGCGUGGACCACGAGGCGGAGAACUACAGCAUGUACUGCGUCAGCUGCCAGACCCCCGUGUGCUACCAGUGUCUGGAGGAGGGCAAACACGGCAAGCACGACGUGAAGCCCCUGGCCGCCAUGUGGAAACAGCACAAGUGUCAGCUGUCCCAGGCAUUGAAUGGAGUGUCUGACAAAGCCAAGGAGGCCAAGGAGUUCCUGGUGCAGCUGAAGAACCUGCUUCAGCAGAUACAGGAGAACGGCGUUGAGUUUGAGGCAUGUCUGGUUGCUCAGUGUGACGCUCUGAUUGAAGCGCUCACUCGGCAGAGGGCCAAACUGCUCACCAAGGUCACAAAGGAGAAAGAGAGUAAGCUGAAGACUGUGAAGGAUCAGAUAACUCACUGCACCAUGAAGCUCCGACAGACCACAGGAAUGAUGGAAUUCUGUCUGGAGGUUAUUAAAGAGAACGAUCCCAGUGGAUUCCUACAGAUCUCAGAUGCGUUGAUAAAGCGUGUCCUGGCGUCUCAGGAACAGUGGGUAAGAAGUGCAUUGGAGCCAAAGGUCUGCCCAGAAUUUGCUUUGACCGUCAACACAGAUCCUCUGAUGCAGUCGAUUCUCCAGCUGGACUUCUCCCAGAAUAAAGCGGAGACCUCCACAGUGCCUCCUGCACCGCUGUUGCAGUUGGAAAAAUGCUGCAUGAGGAACAAUAGUGCCACUCUGGCCUGGAGGAUAACUACUGUCCAAGCCCUGCCUGUAGAGGGUUACGUGCUGGAGCUGGAUGACGGGAAUAGCGGGCCUUACCGGGAAGUCUAUGUUGGGAAAGAGACCAUCUGUACAGUGGACGGCCUUCAUUUCAAUAGUUCAUACAACGCUCGAGUCAAAGCGUACAACUCUGCUGGCGUGGGAGCGUACAGCAAAGUUGUUGUUUUGAAAACGUCUGAUGUGGCAUGGUUCACCUUUGACCCUACGUCAGCUCACAGAGACAUUGUCCUAUCUAAUGAAAACCAGACUGUGACUUGUAACAGUUACGAUGAUCGUGUGGUGCUCGGGACCGCUGCCUUCUCCAAGGGCGUGCAUUACUGGGAACUUAGUGUGGAUCGAUAUGACAACCACCCCGACCCCGCAUUCGGUGUGGCCCGGAUUAAUACGAUGAAGGACAUGAUGCUAGGGAAGGACGACAAGGCCUGGGCCAUGUAUGUGGACAACAAUCGCUCCUGGUUCAUGCACAACAACUCCCACACCAAUAGGGCUGAGGGUGGCAUCACAAAGGGUUCGAGUGUGGGGAUACUGUUAGACCUGACAAAACACACCCUGACCUUCUUCAUCAACAAACAGCAGCAUGGACCCGUCGCUUUCGAGAACCUGGAGGGUGUGUUCAUGCCCGCAGUUAGCCUCAACCGCAACGUCCAGGUGACUCUAAUCACAGGUCUGGAAGUCCCUAAGAGCAACAAGUGAACAUCGUGGACCAAUAAGAACGAGCCAGACCUUUCUUGUUAAAGAAAUCAGUGCUCUACUCUGCUCUUAUACUGCACUGACAUAUAAUGCUAAUGUUAAUAAUACCCCCCCGCCUCCCAUGGUCAUAUGGGUGAUUUGCAUUGCAGUGUUUACAAAUCAUUCCCACUUUGAAGUAGAGUAAUGGCUCUUUUUCAUACCUCCAACGAAAGAUAGCACAGUUUCAAAAACAUAUUUGGAUUAAAACCAAUUUAGCAGCCAUUUGAUAUGUUAGCAAUGGAACGGAGUGAUCAAACGCAACUGAUAGUGAUCAAACAACUGUGAGACACAAAUCUCAGGUUUACUCACCUUUAAUGUGCUUCAGAAGCCCUCAGAAAUAUCAUCACUCAGACCAUGAAUCUGGGGUGCUGGGACUGAAAGAGUCCCGGUCAAGCCAAAAGCCCUGCGUCACAUAUUGGUGAAGUUUACAGUCUCUUCAGUUCGUAGUUCCACAAGUAAAAUUGUAAACCUUAUGGCUAAUAUCACACUUCUGCUGAAUAAGCUGUAAAAUUUGAGGAAAAAACAACAACGAUUGUAGCACAAACAUUGCCGGAUGAGUUACAUGCUGAAGUGUAAUACUUAAUGUAUGCACAAUUCUCUUAGCAAACAGCACAAAAACACACAGGAAAAAGCUCCAGGUUUACAGAAAUGAUAUAAUACCUGCCACUGGACACAGACUGUGCCCUCACCGCCAAGUAGACUCAGCCUUGGUGCUUUAUAUGAGCCACAGUUGUGAAUAUUCAGCCAGAAUCUCAACUCUGAGGUCUCUUUACACUGUGACCGACACAUUCCUUAAGAGUCUUGAAGCUGACGUGUGUAAUUUUCUCUUGACUCAGCUUAAUAUGCAGAGAUAAUUGUAAGCCAUUUUAGGUUGAUUUCACAGAAAAGUGUAAACACUGAUUCAAAACAUUGCAUUAUUUUUUGUUUGAACUCCUAGCAACGACUCAACCAGUAGAGAGAGUUUAGGGCAGGGCUGUCUGUAUUGCUGACCAAUGACAAAUGAGCGGUCGGGAAACCUGUUUGAAAACAGUCACUAUAUUUUUGUAAAUUUAUUUAAUGAGGUGAAAAUUACACACUUCGACAGACUCGAGCUUCAUACGCUUCAUUAUAAUAAAUUAUCACUUCAUGGUCCAAAUCAGUAUUAUUUCAAUGGCGCACCCUUUAACGAUUUUUUUAGAUUCCGAUGUCGAAAAACAAAGUCAUAACUUAUAGUCGGGAGAAACGAUUGCGUUUGCAUGUUGUACAGCUGUAAAUAUAGUCAAAGCAGUGAAGCACGCAUGAGUUACACAUUCAUUAUGUUGAAUUUGUGUUACGUAGUGUGAAUACGUGAAUGAAACAGGAAUACAGCAUAGACGCAGAGUUGCAAUCUGCCCAAGUGUUUAUUGUGUGGAAUUAUUUUUCUGAUAACAUAGCUUUGAGUUAAAAGUAAAACCACCAAAAGCUACAUAACUACAUAACUACAUAACUCCUACAUUAAAUGCUACGAGGAGUCGCAUAUGGACCUUGCAACAGGAGAUACAUGCCUAUGUUUCAGUUUAUACCUCGGUUCAAAAUACAGUGGUUUCAGGGAGAAAUGAGAGAUAAAUGAAAGAUGUUAUAUUUGUUUAUUUUCCUGCCCAGACAUUAACUCAUGGGAUUAUGGGAACAGAUAAUAACUCAUUGGUGAUGUAAAGCAUGGGAUGUUGUUGAUAUUUAUAAUGUGUUUCUAUGAAGAGUGUAAUUAUUGUAAAUAGCUUGAGCAGAUACAUUUAUCUCGCAGUGAGUGCUUUGCUGUCAGGAGUACCAAACUAAAACUGAACAGGUACUGGCACUAAAUAAGAGCGUUAAAAAAAAGAAAAGAAGGAGUGGUUAAAUGUGAAAAGCUGUGCUUAAAGGAAUGUUCUGGGUUCAGUCAGGACUAUUGUCUCUUUUGGAAAACUGAGAGUGUUGUUCUAGGUCACUCAUUGACAUCUUUACACUACUAUGAUGGCAUUUCAAGUAUAAUUUAAAGAAAAAAAGGGGACUUUUAGCAGUAAAACACCAACACAAGUACCGAUGGCUUUUUCUAACUAUUUAACAUUUUGGCAAAUUGGUGACUAAUCCAUAUAAGUUUCUACAAUCUCAUUCGUACAUGUCCAUAGGAUCUAUUUAUGCCCCAGUGAUGGUUAUGUUUAGGGGUAGGGUUAGAAGUGAAUGUUCAUGCUUACUUUUUUGCUAAAAAUUAUAAAUAUUUAUCUGAUAUAAUUCAGUAGGGAAGAAUUUGGACUAGUGCUUUAGCUGCAUUUCCACUUCUUGACCCUUCAGAACAUUUUGCCCUAUAGACCUUCAUUGUACUGUAAAAGUGCCAGGUUUAUUUAUUGUCUGUGGAAACUGCCAUUAUGCCACAUUUGCUGUCCAUAUGUACUUUUUUUGCAUAAUACACCGCAUUUAUGACCAUCAGCUGCCAAAGUAAUGGUGAUAAAUACAGACAUACAGACAUACAGCCAUCAAUGGCUUCAAUCCAUACAAAAUAACCAGAAAACAUUUGUACAGAUCUCAGGUUAGCCCUUAAUAAAUGCAACUUUGAUAGACAUUGAUAUAUUUAAUCUCUGUAUGUAAUGCCAGUAAAUGGAGAGCACUGAUAUAUAAAUAGCCAAUGUGGGUAAAAUAUAUUUUAUCUCAGUUUAUGUGUUUUCAUUUCACAGUCAAUAGUGGGCUGCCCAUGGUCAUAAUUAUGGACGAUGAGACGGAAAAAUCAUGUGACUGAAACGUAUGAAUAGCUAAAGCUGAACUUUGAGCAUUCCUUUAAAUCCAGUUCAUUCUGUCGGUGACGCCUCCCAAAAUUGCCAUCUAUUUCACAGUGUCAUCUUAAAUCUCACAGUGGACUUUUUUGUUUGUAUUAAAGUAUAUUUAAAAGUUUAUGUCAAUGUAGAAUGAUAAUAGAAACACUGGUCAUAUACUGAAUAUUAAGCAAAAAGAAAAACAGUGCAUUGCAUAUGUAUUAUAAUAAACCAACUGUGAAGUAAUAGAGAAUUCAUGAGCUAAAUAUGGAUACGACCCAGAUUAAUGGGAGGAAGGAUGUGUAAUAUGAAGAUAUUUUACCUCCUCAAAGGCUGAGCAAGUUAACUUGCAAUUCCUGCCUAAGUGAAUUUAUUUAAGCUAUUACACCAACUGCCAUAGCCUAAAAUAUCCAGAUCUCGGACAUUAAUAAUUUUCCUUACUUUUCCCGUUUCUCACAGUCUUAAAUAUUCAUUAGGCUGAGAAAAUGAACGUCUCGUCCUGUGCCUCAUUCACACAAAUCUGCCGACAUUAGAGACGUUGCUUUGGAAGGUGGUGUGUUUUCACUCAGACUGGAUGUCAAGAAACUUCAUCAAAAGAAAGCACAGAUUCAUUACACUGGGUUUUGUCCAGAAUCAAGGAGACACUAAACAAGUGAUUUUCUUGAAAGCACACAAAAUGAAAUGGUCUUGAGGUGUUUGCUGUAUAGCUGUAUGCUUAACAUGACUGCCUGCAAGUGAGACCAUCACAAAAAGUUCAACGGUCCCAAUAACAGCAUUUAAGGAUUUAUUUUUCUAUAUACAGCAUAUUACUCAUGUGGAUGUAUACGUUAGUCAGGUGUUUGGCCCUCAGAUGAUCUCUUUGUGAAGAGUUCGGAAAGGAAAGACGAGCUGUUUCUCUGAAGAGUCUUUCCAUUGAUCUGCUGACACACACAUAUGUCAUUAUCAUCAUCAUCAUCAUCAUCAUCAUCAUCAUCCUCGAAGCAAACUCUAAUGUGUGGGAACGCGUGUUUUAGUGCUUUUCUUCUGUAUGUGAUCUUGAGCUUUCAUUUCCUCUAACUAACGUGAUAUUUUGUAUGUCUUUGUGGUUUGUAUAUCAAAUACAUUAUACAUGACAUUCUUUUCUUACUGCUUAGUGUAGCAGAAAACCAGUGUCUUUCCCUUUUAAUAAACAAUACAACCGUGA